CGAUACCUCCAACUGGAAGAUCCAGCAUUGCGCAAAUUCGGCCCUCAAAUUGCGACCAAACUACCAAUCCAAAUCUUAGCGAUAACAGCAAGCCUCUGUGUUGCCAUAUCCCCAAUACAGCAAACCAACCACCUCCCGCCCACACACUCCCAAUUCCACACCCUAGACAAGCAACCAACCAACCGCAAACCACCCAAAAUGCCCGGCUCAGUCCACUCCCAAGACCAAGACCAAUCCAUGAUGGAUGCCGAACAACAAGUCGAGCAAGUCCCCCAGGAAGUCACCCUGGACGAGAAGCAGAUUGUCGUGCUCCCCGGCGCCACCGAGACCGCUGCUUCCUUCCAGUUCGAGGGCGAGGGUCACACUAUGGGUAAUGCGCUGCGCUAUGCCAUUAUGAAGAACCCCGCUGUCGAGUUCUGCGGAUAUACCAUUCCCCACCCCUCAGACCCGAAGAUGAACGUUCGUAUCCAGACUACCGACUCCACCACCGCACUCGAAGCUCUGGAGAAGGGUUUCAAUGACCUGAUGGACCUGUGCGAUGUAGUAACAGAGAAGUUCACAGCUGCUCGUGAUCAGUUUAACGAGGAGAGUGGAAACCGCAUGGAGGCGUGA